AGGGGAGAGUCGAAGCCCUGGCUCUGCUUCCUCCGCGGGCGGCUCCUUCCCCUUCCCCUUCCCACUCGCCCCCCACGUGCCGCCGCCGGGCGCCGUUCGGCUUCAGCAAAGGUGGGUCCAAAGAGGCGGCAGCAGUGGUUCCGCGCGUGUCCGGCAGGGGGCGCUGCUGCUGCUGCUGCCUGCUCCCUUGCUUGCUUGUUGCCUGCGUGCGCUCGGGUGGGCGAGAGAGAGGUGCGGUAUAGGGCGCGAGUGGGGAUCCGGCAGCGGCAGCCUCUCUGCUUUGGAGCUGCAGCCGCAGAAGCGGGAAGGGCGCCGGAUUUCUAUUCUGCUUGCAACCCGCGUUGGGACUGGACGCGCCAGCUCCAUGCCUUGGCACGGCGGACCGAGGAGGAGGAGGAGGGCGGCAUAGCGCGGGAAGGCAUGCCCCAAACGUUGAGCUCUGCCAGCAUGUUUACUCCCUGUGGCUUCAGCCCUCAUCAUCUCCAUCCAUCCAAAGACGACGAUAAAGGAGGGCUGAUCUUUCAAGAUGGAAACCUUACCUCGGCAUCUCUGGAUGCCUUAAUCCAACAUCUUAUACCUACAGCAGACUACUACCCUGAGAAGGCUUAUAUCUUUACAUUCCUGCUGAGCUCCAGACUCUUCAUUGAGCCUCAUGAACUUUUGUCCCGAGUUUGUCACAAGUGCAUUGAACAGCAACAACUAGAUGACCCAGUGCUGGAUAAGGCACGGAUCAGGAAAUUUGGGCCCAAAAUUCUGCAGCUAUUGACAGAAUGGACAGAAACAUUCCCAUAUGAUUUUCAAGAAGAAAAAAUGAUUGGGUGCUUAAAAGAUAUUAUCCACCGGAUAGCUCCAUGUGAUGAGGCUUAUUGGAAAAAGAUGAAUCAACUUCUGCAAACCCUGAAUCAAAAACUUGCCACUCUUAACCAUGGGCAGGAAGGGAUGGUCAAGAUCAAUGCAGCUGUCUCAGAUAAGGUGGUGGCUUUUAAAAGUAAACCUCCAUCUAUUCAAAGAGAAAUGCUGAGUGUCUGCAGUGAUCCUUACACCUUGGCCCAACAGCUAACACACGUGGAACUGGAGAGACUGAGCCACAUUGGUCCUGAAGAAUUUGUUCAAGCAUUUGUCCAUAAAGAUCCUUUGGAAAGCACAAAGUCUUUUGUUUUCCAGCCUUGUUUCAGUGAACAGAAGAAGACUAGUAACCUCGAGGCCUAUGUAAAAUGGUUCAAUAGGCUCUGCUAUCUUGUAGCAACAGAAAUUUGCAUGCCUGCCAAAAAGAAGCAGAGGGCACAAGUCAUCGAGUUCUUCAUUGAUGUUGCUCGCGAGUGUUUUAACAUAGGAAAUUUUAAUUCACUGAUGGCAAUCAUAUCUGGUAUGAACAUGAGUCCAGUAUCCAGGUUAAAGAAGACCUGGUCAAAAGUGAAAACAGCCAAAUUUUUUAUUCUUGAGCAUCAAAUGGAUCCUACUGGUAAUUUUUACAAUUACAGAACUGCUCUGCGGGGAGCUGCCCAUCGGUCCCUAACAGCACACAGCAACAGAGAAAAGAUUGUGAUUCCAUUCUUCAGCCUGCUGAUCAAAGACAUUUACUUUCUGAAUGAAGGGUGUGCUAACCGCCUUCCAAAUGGGCAUGUUAAUUUUGAAAAAUUCCUCGAACUGGCAAAGCAAGUAGGAGAAUUUAUAACAUGGAAACAAGUGGAAUGUCCAUUUGAACAAGAUGAUAACAUCAUCCAUUAUUUACAUACUGCACCCAUCUUCACUGAAGACGGCUUGUAUCUGGCUUCCUAUGAAAGUGAAAGUCCAGAAAACCAAACUGAAAAAGAGAGGUGGAAAACUUUGAGGUCGACUAUCUUAGGAAAGACUUGAAGAUGGAGAUCUAUAUCUGCAAUUGGAUGAAAUAAAUUGGCAAAACUACUUUGCACUAUUGAUUCCAAAGAUGCCUAUUGGGGAUUUAGGAGAUUUUAUUCUUUAUUUUUGUGUGCAUUUUUGGACUCUUCAAUGUGGCUGACUGGAUUUAUCCACUGACUCCAGAAAGGUGUCUUUUACAGUACGCACACCAAUGUUCUCUAACUACUCUUUACAGCAAAAGCCUGAUAGGUGGCUUAUUUGUGGCUGUAACAGAAUCAAAUCCUUAUUGCUGAAACAUCUUAUUUCUCUCAAGGAAGAGCAAAAGGCAAGGAGAGCCAUGGUGCUGCAAACACAAAACGGACUCCACUGGAAAAGGUACAGGGUGAUCUCAGAAGCAGGGUGUAUGGGACAGCAACGAUGAGAGCUGACAAAAGUAAGUUCUGCCAAAACUGCAAAUCUGGUUAAAUGUCUCACCAGACAGAACCUUGUUUUCCUAUCACAGACUUCAAUGAACAAUAUUCUGACAACAGAGAUAAAGACCAACACAGAAUCACAUCAGUACAGAAACACCAAGCAAAACACAACCCUUUUCUUUAAACAGAAGAAUUUCAGUUGCAAAUAUUCCUUAUUUUUCCUUCUGUUUGGGGGAUGGAUCCUGAUUUUUCUACCUAGUAGCUUAUCAUAUAGUCAACUCCUAAGCUGUUUUAAUGAAGUGAAUGGCUUUCAGUCUGACUUACCUCUAUAUAAAGCAUGUAGCAUAUUCUCUAGUUCCAUUCACAGGUGAUUGUGAUAAUCAUCUUCAAGGGGCCUUACUUCAUUGUAAUAGAAGGCGGACCUGUUAAGGGCUCUAACAAUUACAUUCUCCUUUAUCCGUUCAUUUUCUUCAUGACUGAAGCAGAGAAUAUUUGAGAAGGGCAAUUCUUUGAUAGUAAGGCUUUUAUUGCCACUGCAUUCAGGAAGACUAUUCUCACUCUAUAAAGUGUUGCACUAUGGUAAAAGAAUUGUCAACAAGAUGCAUUUCUUAUUUCAAAAUUCUUCUGCUUGUGGUCACUGCUUUCCAUCCAUGGGAACAGUAAACCUUCUAUUAUGUGUGUUGUGUUUGAUAGAGAUCAGGGACGUGCUACAUAAUACAGAUAUUAAGUAAUAAUUGCUUAUUUAUUAUACUUUCAUGUGAAACAGGUGUAAAAUUAAGUUUUUUAAAAAAUAUUUUUUAAGCAGGAUUAAUAGAUUGAAAGCCAAAUCCAUAGGUCCUUUGGCUCACCAAUACAGAAGAACUGUGAAAAGGUGUAAAAACUUUGUUUCUCCUAAUUAAGGCUUUGUAUUACAAUAGAGGUUUUGAAAUGACAUGUUUCUACCAUAAUGUGCAAAAAGAUAAGUGUACAUAUAGACAAUUGGUUUCAAGCAAAUUCUAUGAUUCUUCCAUUUUCAAAAAGGGAGUAUGUUGGAAGGAAAACAGAACUUUAGUUAUAAUCAUAGAGUUGGAAGAGGCCUCAUGGGCCAUCCAGUCCAACCCCCCACCAAGAAGCAGAAAAAUAGCAUUCAAAGCAUGGCCAUCCAUCAUCUGCUUAAAAGCCUCCAAAGAAGGAGCCCCUCCCCCCACACUCCGGAGCAGAGAGUUCCACUGCUGAACAGUUAGGAAGUUCUUCCUCAUGUUCAGGUGGAAUCUCCUUUCCUGUAGUUUGAAGCCAUUGUUCUGCAUCCUUUGUUCUGCAUAGUGUCCAGAGCAGCAGAAAACAAGUUAAUCAUAUGAACUGUGUGUGUCACAAGUGAUUUCUUGUAUGCAAAAAUUGAUGAGCUCAAUACAUCAGACAAAAAAACAAACAAUUUUCCGUUAUAAAAUUGUACCACAAUGAUCAAGAUUUGAACUGAUGCUUCACUGAGUAGUAAAGCAGUGGUUAGACACAAGGAAAUUUUAGUAAUUUAACUCAACCACUGACUUCUACUUUUUAGUGUAUACAGGGGCUGCUUAGAUGGUGACUAUGGUGCUUUCUUUAAAUGAGGCCACCUUAGCCUCUGGGAUGCACCUAAGCAAUUGUGUCUACAAGGAUUUGAAGUUUCAUUGCUUGGAAUGCUAUGUUUAUAUUAUCUUAUGCUCUUUCCAUUUUAUAAUGGCCCCAUGGCAGCUAGUGAAGGUAUGAAAACAUUUCUUGCCCGAUUUACAAAUAAAUUUACAAUAGUGAAAUCUUAUGCUCACUCGUUCACCUGCAUUAUCUUAGUUUGUGUUCAUUCUUUGAAGGAUUAGGAAAGAGAAAAGAGGGGGGGGAUUGUUAGGUGUAAAUGCCUGGUCUCCCUUCCUGGUCUUAUGCUCCUAUUUGUUAUGGUAAUGAUGUGCAAACCUUCAUGCCAUCAAUCCCAGCCUUGUGGUAAAUUGUUGGUGAACUUUACAGUUUCUGCACUGAAUGCCACAGGUAGAACUAACCCUGAUAGUUGUUGCUUGAGAGCUGCAGUGCUUAAACCUAUUAAACCUUUGGCAAGAAGAGAACAUCCUAUAAUAAUCAGUUUUGACAUUGGAGCAAGACACCAUUUUAGAGUCAGACAUUACUGGACUUAACGUCAGGGGAAACCUUUACCUUUACCUUAUUCUGUAGCAUACUCUCAGUGAAUAAUCCUGGAGAAUGGGUGAAAUUCCAGAAAACUAAAAAUGGCCAAAUGUGUUCCAGUUUCCUUUUUUUAGAAAGGGAGGACCAAGCAGCUUGAUUUCAAUAUUAGCCUGGCUUCCAUUCUAAAACAGCUUAUAAAUCUUUUCAAACUGUAUGCAUCUCGGUGAUAGUUCAUUGAAUAGUAUGUACUAUUGCAACUGCCAGAUUAAUCUUAAUUCUCUUUUUGAUUGGGUUACUAUCUUAAUGGAUUAUGAAAAUGCUGUGGAAGUACUUUAUCUUUGUUCAGCAAUGCAUGUGAAAAAGUUUUACAUGACAUUUUGAUUAGCAAGGCAGCUAAUCAUAUGAUAAUAUCACAAAGUGCAGUCCCAGCUGAUUGGAAAACUAUACUUGAAGGAGUGUUCAUCACUGGUUUUUCAUCAAACCGAAUUGAAAUUCUGAAUGGUACCUGUGCCUGGUUCUUGUCAACGUUUUUUGUUGUUGUUGUUUUUGGGGGGGGGGGUCAAUAUUUUUAUCUGUGGCUUAGAUGAAGGGAUGAAGGAAUCCUUAUCAACUUGACAGGUGAGACAAAACUAGAUGGAAUGUUUAAGAUAAUAAUAAACCAAAAUAGUAACCAAAAUAGUAAGGGAAUAAAAAAUCUGUAAAGAAACAAAAUGGAAUGAAAAUGGAAAUUGCAAAUGUAAAAUUUAGUUAUAAUAAUAUCACCUAACCACAUCAUUAUGGAAAGGAGAAUAUGUGCUUUGGUUGCAGUAUGUGCCCAGAAUUUGACACAGAAAUCUAGAUAAAUUCUGACACAUACAGAAUGAAAUUGAACUAUUUGUUGUGAUGAUUCACAAGCAAUGAUUCUAUUGAUAUGUGCCUGUUCUGCUGGACCUGAGACUUGUGGACAAUCAGAAGUCAAAUAUGAAUCAGCGAUAUGGCUACAAGAUGGCUAGCAGAACAGACACAUAUCAAUAGAUGCACUGUUUGUGAGUCAUCACAACAAAUAGUUCCAUUUUAUUCUGCACAUGUCAAAAUUCAUCUAGAUUCUUGUGUCAAAUUCUGGGCCUCAUACUUUGAAAGGGGCAUUGACAAACUCUAAAGGGUUCAGAGGCAGGCAGUGAAGAGGGACAGUGGUAUGAAAAUGUAAGUCCAAUAAAGAAAGCUCGAAAUAACUGGGCAUAUUUAGCUGGCAGAAGAAAAGGUUGAGCAGGGGCAUGACAGAGCCCUUCAAAUACCUGAAGGACUGUCACAUAGAAAAUGGUGCAGAUAUGUUCUUUGCUGCCGUAGUGGGGGCUAGGACUAGAUCUAAAGAGUGUAAGUUACAGUAGGUAGGUUUUGGCUGAACGUUAGGAGAAACAUCUUAACAGAGUAUUUCAGAAAUAGAAGUGUAUUCCUUUCAGGAGCAGAAGGUCUUCAGACACACCUUCAACAAAAAAAUUUAUAUCGAGCCAAAAGAUUUAGUAAAAAUGCAAAAGAUGUCCCUUCCUCCAAUUAUAUUAUGCUAUGAAGCAAACCUUGCAGCUGAUUGUAGCACAUUGCAGUGUAUGGCAUGGAUAUAAAAUUACAAAGUGAGGGCACAAAUGGUUAGCUUUGACAUUACAGGAUAGUGAGAAAUUGAAUAUUGUGUGUUUUUCUUCUGAAAAGAAAUCACUCGAGACUAGCCUGCUAAGUUUUAGGGAAUUCUGAAAACCAGUCAUCAGCCGCAAAAGAAAUAAGAGUAUAAAUGGAGACAGUAUUUAUUUAAAUCUAUUCAUUGUGAGUUUGCUAUUACCAUUUCAAUAUGUGCUGAUGUCAAGAGGUUGCUUUUAACUUUACAGGCUUCCACAUAAAACCAUUCCCAAAAUGAUUUCUUUGUAGACUCUGUCUAUUCCAAAAGGUAUGGAACAAUUAUAUAUCUACUUAUGAACAGGGAUCAGAGCCAUUUGUGAUAUUUUUGCAGGGGCUGUUCCCUUAAGCAUGGACAUUGUUUAAAUUGCCCAUUGAUAACUAUAACAGCUGACAUCACACUGCAUGGAAGUGGGUGAAUAUGUUGAGUUUGCUUUAUAAAAAGUAAAGUACUGCUUGGUUUUUAGUGGUCUAGAGGAGAUGUCCAUAGAAGGUUCUUUGGUCGAUUUAUGUGGAACAGGGAGUGCUCCCAGUUGCAGGGAUCCCUCUUUUCCAUGUGUCCCAAAACCAGCUGAGGAGUAUGGGAAAACUCUGCAGAACUGAUUUUUAGGGAAUGUUGAGAAAAGGGAGAAUAAGAUUAAUGUCCCACCAGCAGAAUGUUGGAUUUAGCUCAUAGUCUGUGUGACAAUGCUCUAAAGAAUGAUUUCUGUUCUGAUCCACAGCAUGUGUUUUUAUAUCUAGGCUGCACAUGUUCUUCUUAUUUUAUGACAUCUGUUGUGGAGAGUUAUCUUGAUAUCAUACCCUAAACAUUCAUAUGCUGAUGCGGCAAGUCCAAGGAAUAUAUUAAUUCCCCAUUAUAAAAUACAAUACAAGGUUAUCAAUAGUUUUCCAAGGCUGAGUGGGAAUUCAAACAAUAUUUUCCAGAGUCACAGCCCAACAUUGAAACCACCUCUUUGCUUUCUGAUGUUUCAGUGUACACAAACUUUGUCUCAUGUACAAGAUUAUUUAAAACGUUGUAAAACAUUACCUUCCUGCUAUGUGUAUAGAGUGUAUGUGAGACAUAUAUACAUUUUGUGUUUACCCUUGAGUCCCAUCUCCAAGAUACCUAAAUAUGUAUAUGCAAAUUCUUCAAAAUCUGUGGGAGGGGGAUCCAAAAUGCAGAGCAUUUCAGAUAAGGGGUACUCAACCUGUAUUGAAAAAGUACUGAUGACAUUUGACCAUCUUGUUUCCUUUUCUGGGACAUAGGCAAGGUAUAAAUAAAAUAGUUAUUUGUCAUUUUCCCCCAAAUUGGGGAAAAAAAACACAAUAUUUAUCAACGAUAUAUAACGAUAAAGGUUUUAUGCAUAAUUUAUUUUAGGGGACUAUUUUAAUCUUGUUGGUUAAAGGAUGAGAAGACUCUUUCUACUAUGUCUGUUCUCAUGUUUGACAGCCAUCAGUCAGGAACAAUAAAAAUCUAGCAUGACUAAAACAAGGAAGUGGAACAGUCAGGAAACUCACAGUUGUUACUGCAACAAGAUUAGCAUUUGGCAACAUGAAUGGAGCAGCCAUGCCACCUGGCAUCAGCUGCCAUGUAAAGGAAGAGUUGUUGCUCUUUUUUGCGCAUGCAAGUCCACUGCCUGCGAUACUUUACUAAAUAAUUGAGGUGGAAAAUUGAGCCCACUGCGCCAAAACUCUUGCCAUGUUUCAUGUGUUACUUAGAGAUGCUACAGCAGCAGGUAAAGGAAUUUAUUCCUGCAUAUAAUAAAGGCAUAGCUAAAGAGUCAAAUCCAUUUUAAAGCAUGCUGAGGCUGACCUCCGCUAACUGGUAACUGCUGCUAAUUCCCAAAUCCAAAUCCAUUAUUAGCUUGUGUGGUGACUGCUUCUGAAUAAACUGAGUGCAAUGAACAACGCACAUACAUUCUCCAGAAAUAGAAUUUGAAUAUAUUAUACAAAUCCUUUCAGAAAAAAAUUACAUACAUUCUGCAAUAAGUGCAUAUAUUUGAGUGGGGGGUCUAAACAAUUCACCUGGAUCUCCAGAGAACGAGAGAAAGGAAUACUCCCUGCUUUGUAUAUAUAGUAGAGUCUCGCUUAUCCAACGCAAACGGGCUGGCAAAAUUUGGAUAAGCGAAUAUGUUGGAUAAUAAGGUGGGAUUAAGGAAAAGCCUAUUAAACAUCAAAUUAGGCUAUGAUUUUACAAAUUAAGCACCAAAACAUCCUGCUAUACAACAAAUUUAACAGAAAAAGUAGUUCAAUACGCAGUAAUGUUAUGUUGUAAUUACUGUAUUUACGAAUUUAGCACCAAAAUAUCAUGAUAUAUUGAAAACAAUGACUACAAAAAUGCUUUGGAUAAUCCAGAACGUUGGAUAAGCGAAUGUUGGAUAAGUGAGACUCUACUGUAUUUGAAAGUGCUUGGGAAAGGGUUGAAAAGAGGAAUUCUACACAAACACAAGAUGGUCUAUGUACAAAGAAAAUAUGUCCAAAUAGCAUAUAGUAGUAUUAAAGUUCCCCAUACAAAGCUCAAUUUGGCAGUACCAGACAAAGUUGCUGUAUAUUGGAAUGAUAUUUGAACUUUACUUGCGAAGACUUUCUUGAGAGCUGUGCUCCAUCAUUAUUUUCUUCAUUCCAGUAUACAGCAACAUGACCAACCGUCUGUUUACUUUGUUUGGAAGAUAUUUUCAUUGACUAUGUAUCCCUGAAGCCUAUAUACAUUGGAAUCAAUAUCAGACUUGGAUAACUGUUGUGUUAGAUCUGUUGCUCCUUUUCAUUUUGUCUGGUACUGCCAAAUUGAGCUUUGUACAGGGAACUUCAAUAAUACUAUAUGCUAUUUGGACAUAUUUUCUUUGUACAUAGACCCAGGCCUGUAGCGAGGGGGCGGUUUUAGGGGUUCAACCCCCCCCCCCAAAAUUUUCAGGUUAUAAAAAAAUCUGGUUUACUCAUGAAUUUUAACUGGUUAACCAAAUCCCCAUGCUAAGUCUAUGAGACACAAAACAUUAAGAGUCCCUCCAGGCACUAUCUCAAGCAGAUAUUGACAGGUUUGUAGCGGGAAGGGGUGUGUGCAAGGGGUUAACCCCCCCCCCCCCGAAUUUUUUUUUCUGGCUACGGCCCUGCAUAGACCAUCUUGUGUUUGUUUAGAUACUUUAUAAGUAUUCUGGGAUUUUGUAUAAUUGAAAAGAGGAAUUGUCAAAUAUCUAGAAAUCAUGGUGAGCAAAAUCUCAGGUGAGAAUAUUCGCAAUAUGGAACUUACUUUGUGUACAAAAUGACUGGGAUGGUUUGACUGUAGGAAACUGUUUUCUGUCCUGUUAUGCAGAAAAUGAGAUUUCCCUGUAGAAAAUGUUUUUUGUACAGGGAACUUGUUUUCUGCACAGAAAUUGCUAUAAACCCCAAAAUGCAAACAUAUAUUUCAAUACUUUCUUACUGGAGACAAAAUUUUAAAUAAUUCAAUUUUUUUCCUGCAAUAAUGAAAUCUACAAAGAUUUCCAUCCCCACUUUUUUUUAACUGAAAUGGAAGGAACUUUUGUCAUAUGCUAAAUGCUGCAUUAGGAGGAGAAAUGUCAAUUUUAUUUUUAAAAUUGUCAGAAAGUUCAUCCUGUCAAUGAAUAGAAAAGGGCCAAUAGACUAAAUGGUUUCAGUUCAUGAAAUGAACAUUUUGUUCAUGCAAUCAUUACUUCCAUUUAAAAGCUUAAAGGUAUUCACGUACUGACAUACUGAAAGAGAAGGUAAUUGGCAUACCACACAAUAGUAUCAUUUCCAUAAAAAUCCAUUAUUUAUGUGAUGGAUAGGGUAUUAAUAUUUCAGUUACAGCUGACAUGCAAAUUAAAUAUUAGUGAUAUGUAUUAUUCAUAUUGAUAUGCACUAUAAUAGAAAUAUGCUUAUGAAAAAAUCAUCCUUCCUCUGCAAAAACUAACAAACUAGACUGACCCUUCUCUAAUUCUGUAAUACUUAAUUUAUAUUGAAUUGUUUAUAUAUUGUUUAAAAUACAGGCAAUGGUUUGCACAUGAUGGCAAACAUCAAUUGAAGUGAAAAUUAUAAACACAAGUUGACUUAGUAAUUGAUUUCAUCAAACGAAAAGUCAUAAUAUUGUUACUCAUAUCAUUAUCAAAGCAGAAUCUGAGAUUAAUCUAAUUAUCUUGUUUAGAUUCUAUUAAAUUAUUCCAGAAAAAGAAGAUCAGAGGACAUAAACACUUUUCAGUAGGUUUCAGAUUGAUACAACUGUCAUUACGAACAGUGUUCUAUGUAUGAGAUUGUUUCAGAAGUGAGUAUUUGGUAUCAUUUGCCAUCAGGAUGAGGAGCAGAACCUGCUAUGAGGCACAGGUUUUGAGGUGAGCAGUGAAGCAGAGUGAUGAAACAAACUAGGAUAUCCAGUGAGUUGGCAAAAAUCCCUGUAUAAACUAGCCAUUUUAAAAACCAAGACCUCAGUGUAAGAUCUAUUCAGCCUGAAUCCCGUUGGUUAGUCCCAACUAUAGCAGGUCCAUUGAAUCAGUUGCUAGAUGGUGAAUCAAUACAUAGGUUAAUCCCAUUGAUUUGGAGGGUUUGCUCUAGUUUAACUGACAGUAGAAUUCAGACCUUCUAUAAUAAUUUGAAAAAUCAAUUGAAACCCACUUUGGACAACUUAACCAGAUGGAUAGUUUGGAGCCCUAUGCUUACAGGUUUCUCCCUAUAUGGGCCCUUCCAAACAGGCCCUAUAUCUCAGGAUCCGAUCCCAGAUUUUCUGCUUUAAACUGGAUUAUAUGAGUUCGUACCACCAGAUAAUCUGGGAUAAACCUGGGAUCCGAUCCUGGGAUAUAAGGCCUGUCUGGAAGGGCCCAUAAUGUGCAUGUUCUGUGCAAUUACUUCCUGUUUCUUCUUGCAAACUGGAAUCUAAUCUUAUUUUGAACCAGUGGAAGGCUGUAAAAAAGUUGAAAUUUACCUCUUUUCUCCUUCCCUGCCAUUUGCAAAUCUUCUUAUGUUUUUCCCAUUCAAAGUCAUUAAGUGAGAGGAAAGACAUCAUUAGAUCUAACAAAAGAUCUAAUAUAUAGGAGGAUCAUGUCCUGAUUUGCAAUCAUAGCAUUUGAUGUAAUCACAAAGCAUACUUCAAUGUUUAAUAGUAAAUGUAGUUUGGUAAUGCAGGAAAAAGUUAUGAAGUGUAUGAGGGAAAGCAGAGAGCGAAUUACAAACAAAGGGCUUACAUGGCAUGAGAUCAUAGUUUGAUGCUGCAUGUGAACUAGCCCUUUCUUACAUAACAUAUCACCUCUGGCUAUGAGAUAAUGAAUAGACACUGGGUGUAUCUUUGCCCCUUCUUUCUAUUGUUUGAAGAUACUAUGACAAGAUUUCUCAUUAUGGAGAUAUAUACACAGUUUGUACCCAUCACCAGACCAACAGGAAAAGUACACAAGGGAGUGUUUUAGCUCUGAUGGAGCAAAAUCCAGCAGAAGUGCAAGCAACACCUAAAUGAGCAAAGAUCGUAUCAAAUAUAUCCAAGGUUAGACUAAUGGGAAAAGUAUGAGAGAUAACACUUUCAGGUGCUUACUUUAAAUGUUUUAAUUGGUUUACUGCUAAGCAUUGGUUACAAAGAGAGAGAAAACAUAUUUGAAGCAAGUAGAAUAAAAUGUUUUAUGAUACAGAUAUACAUACAGAUGUUUUAAAAGGGUGGACCCAAUAUCAAAGCAGUAUGUUUCACAAUGGCAACAUGUUACAAUUACACAAAAAGUUACAAAUGCUUUAAUGAGUUAUCAAGUUACAAAGUUUUACUAAAAAAAAUUGAGCCAGAAACAAAUCUAAAAAAAAUAACUCUGCAAAUGGAGAAUCUUUCAUUAUGCCUUAUGUUGAGAGGGUGCCAUCUUGCAAAAGGACUGAGGCUAGGGGCUGUUUGUAUACUGGGAGAGGCAUCUAGCAGUAAUCAUUUGAAACAAUAUGUUCCACCCUUUCAAGUAGUAAGAGUUUCAUUCAUGAUUGGUUCUUGGUUGCAAAGAUCAGAGAUAUAGCAUAAUGAUACCAUUGGACAAACACCCCAUGCUGGACUGAGAUGUUAAUGCCUUGUGAAUAAUUCCUUAUGCAGUUCCUUAGAUUAUAGGAUAUAGAAGGGCUUGCAGAACAAUUUGAGCAAGUGGAAUCAAAGUAGUGGACCUGAGCUGUGCACAAAUGAAAAUGGAUCUUUAUUUUUUUAUUUAUUUCGUGUCAAAAGCAUUGCAUAAUAAAUAAGUUUAAAAGUGAUAAAAUAAAGGAAUCACAAACAGCUAAAUAGUUUUGGACCAAAAGCGGGCAACAAUGGAUCUUUAUAGCAACUUUGUACUGGAGUCAUAACAUCAUUGAAAUCAACCUCUAGCUUAACUACAUUCUGUGAUACUUAUCUGCCUUAAGCCUGAAUCCUAACUAUAUUAAGAAUGAAUUAAAAGAUAUAAGAUGCAAUUAAUAUUACAAAUGCUAAAGAACAGGGACACAAUUUUAGAAUAUUUCCUGAAGAAAACUAGUACACUGGCAAAAAUGUAUUUGAAACUGGAAGCUGUUAUUGCAGUCCUCACAUGGCGGUACGAGCAAUCUCUUUUUUCAGUUAAAAAUCAGUUUACCUUCUCAGGUGAGCAAACAGCUGAAGUUAAUAUUUCCAAGACGUUGAAUAGCACUUGAAGCCUUUUCAGAAUACCAGUCUUGGUUGUCUUCAUAUAUCACAGUGAAUCAUGUUAGACUUCUAGUAUGAAUAUGAUGUGAUUAAAAAGAAGAAUUCUUGUUUGAGUUGGUUACAUCACAGGUAUACACUAUCAGAAAGUGAAAGAAAAACAGGUUACAAUAUUCUGGGUAAUAUAAUGUUUCUUGUAAAUGAAAUGUUGGAUAUUGUUAAGUAAGACAGAUAUUUUUUAAUGUCCUUAUUUAUUUCUCUAAAAGUACUGCUGCAUAUAAUAGACCUAGAACACUAAAUGGCAUACAUCUCUAGCAAAUGAAACCUGCUUCUACUUUUUAAAGCUGGCUUGUGAAAGGAGAGGGCCUUUUCUCCAAGUGGGAAUCCAGUUUUAGCUAUAUUUGGGUUAUAGUCGACUCUACUUCAUCACCAAAGGCUAUCACUUGUGACCGAGUAUGUUUGUCUUCCAAGGGCAGAGUCUUGGCAAUGAGUUCAUAGGUGUCUGUGGAGGCCUACUCUGCAUAUGCAUGGUCUUUCACAAUGUAGACAUGGAUUUCCAGAUUGAAGGUGGUCACAACAAGGGUUUGCUUGACGCACCUUUCUCUUGGCAUCGGCAGGUUUCUCCUUUUUGCUCUCUAUUCCUGCCUGUUCAAAAUCCAUAGCACUGUUGGUAACAGAUGACCUCCAGUUAACACGCUCAAAGGCCAGGGCUUCCCAGUUCUUUCUGUGUGUCUAUUUCACUUUUUUAAGGUUAGCUUUAAGCCCACCUUUAAAUCUCUUUUGCUGUCCACCAACAUUCCGUUUUCCAUUCUUAAACUGAGAGUUCAGGAACUGCUUUGGGAGACCAUGAUCAGACGUUCAGACAACAUGGCCAGUCCAGCAAAGUUGAUGACAAAGGAUUAUCACUUCAAUGCUGGCAAUCCUUGCUUCUUCCAAAACGCUGAUGUUUGUUCAUCUGUCUUCCCAAGAGAUUUUCAGGAUUAUAUUGUCUAAACUGGGUAACAUUCCAGAUUUUUUUUUUUUCGUAUCAGGAGCAACCGGAGUUGCUUCUGGAGUGAGAGAAUUGGUUGUCUGCAAGGACGUUGCCCAGGAAACGCCUGGAUGUUUUUGAUGUUUUACCAUCCUUGUGGGAGGCUUCUCUCAUGUCCCCUCAUGGAGCUGGAGCUGAUAGAGGGAGCUCAUCCGCGCUCUCCCCGGGUGGGAUUCAAACCUGGCAGCCUUCAGGUCAGCAACCCAGCCUUCAAGUCACAAGGCUUUUAUCCCCUAGGCCACCGCAGGCUCCAUACAUUCCAGAUCACUGUGGUUAGGACUCAGGUAUAAGAUGAAUGAUAGAGAAUAGCUACAGUGUACAUAACUGGUUUUGUAGAAAGAGCAAUAUAUGCCUAUUCUAAAUUGGUAAAUACUUAUUUGUAACUUUUAAAGAAAAUACCUAAUACAUAUGUUACAUUUUUCUAGACAAGGAACUGUUCUCACGAGUAAAUGGUAUCUUUGAAAUCUUAACUGUCAGCAUGUGAAGCAGAACCUGCUGUCCUGCAAACCAAAUUGCUUUACAAAGGUACAAGGAAAAAUCAUGUAGCAUGCACAAAGUAUAUUAUAUUUUUAUGAACACUUAGUGAGAGGAGUCAUUUGCAAGAGUUAUCAUGCAUGAACAACAUAGGAUCUGAACUGGUCCUUACCCUAUGAGAAAGGCUCAGAUCAAAAUACACCCCAGAAGGCUUCAAUUCUGGAUCAAGCAGAAAACUGUGUACAGUAGUCUGCUUGCAUACAGCAGUUUCUUGGGAGAUCCCUUUCUCACACUGCUGUCCUUUGUGUUUUCCCAAAUAUUGCUUCCUUGGCUGCUAAACCUCCCAAAGUAACAUGCGGAGUAGCACCAAUGCAUGCAGAAGUAGCUUCAGAUCACAUCUGCAGCCCUUUGGUUCUUCACUAUGAUUUUUCCAACUGUGCCACUAGCAACUUGUCUACUGGCAACAAGGUAACAGGAGUAGAAGUAUUGCUUAAAAAUUGUGUGUGGACAUCUGAUAUCAUUUUCUGCAUUUCAACAUCAUAAUUCACUGAAAAUACGUGCAACCAGGAAUCAGUAGGAAAAGGUGCGCUGCUACUUGUUCAGCUGGGGAAAAAAAACAAUUGGUCAUCACUCGCAUAUUCUGUUCACUCACCAAUGUUACACUAGAUUUACAGCCAUAUCCCUUCAGUCAGGCUUCUCCCUGGUAGGACUACAGCCUUCGCCUAAUCUUUAUACUAUUUAUGUAUAUCUGUGAAAUGGUGAGAUAAGGAAACACUGAAAUCGCUGACAUACUGAACCCUUGAAUCCACCUUGAAUCCUGUGCUGAAAGAAAGGUGGGGCCUAAAUAAGUGAAAUGUUAUACCACUUGAGAUGGUAUAGUUGAAACAGGAACAAAAUCAAUGAUUUUUUUCCUGAUAAUAUAAACUGUUGGUUAUAUUAGAAUAUACAUUCAAAAUUUUCCAAUGAGACUGAAUUAAAGGGUUAUUUGGAGCACAUGGGCUAAAAUCUUGGGCACAUUCUAUACAAUUCUUCUUUCUCUUCUUCUUCCUUAAUAGUAAACUGCCGGGCCAUAAAACUGCUUAUGGAUGGAAAAUUGUUAUUCAGAAAAUAUGAUAUCCUGAGUGUGUAUUAUUACUUGCAGAGUUUCUGGAUUAGCAAGAUUUAAGUCAUGCUUGACUAACAAGGUUUAUAUCUGGAUUCAAAUUGUAAAUUACAUUACAUUAACUCUAAAAACUUUGCUUAAAAAUAAGAGGUCUUUAUUGAUGCCUUGAGUUGUUAGAAAGAACAAAGAGCACUUGAAAUAAAUAAAAUGAUACUAUAACUGUUUCCUGAAUAUGUUUUAAGUACAAACCAUGUGUAACAAUGCCACCCAAGUACAUUGGUGUUUUGAAAGAUAGAUCUCUUCAUAUUGUCACUUGCAUUUGCUGGUCAAUCUGGAAUCCAUAUAUCAUUGAUGUGUAUGUUUGCUAUUUCAGGUUCUUAAUUUUUUUUACUAAUACUGUGAACACUCUGGUGGACAAAUGGUAUGGUACUUGGGGGGAGGGGAGAUGUUAUCCUUUUGUGAUUGUACAUAUCUUUACGAAAUUGUAAUGAUGAUAUGCUUGCCCUGCUUUUCAUUAAUACUGUAAAACAGCAUGGUCAUAUGUAGGUAAUAGCUGUUAAGGAUGAAAACAUCCCAUGAUUUGUUCAUGUUUCUAGCAUUUUCUCGUCCCCAGGCCUUUUUAUACCAUGGUUGUAAAAUUGUUACGAAACCCUUUUGUCAGUUGUACAAGCUACUUUACCUAUGUACAGAAUUUAUAUGACAAGCCUAUACUGUGUUUUAACAGUUUGCCUGAACUGUCUAUGGUUUCUACAUUUUGUAAUGUGAAUGUAAAAUUAAAAAUAUUGAUAUGUGGUUAA